GGGGGCGGGCGCCGUGCGGGGGCAGCUAGGACGGGGAGCAGGCGGGGGACGGCGCGUGAGUGGGGGGCGUUGGGGCGGGGGGGGGGGGCUGUGAGAGGUUUCUGGGCUGCCCAUACAUCCAGGAGGCAGAGGCGCCGACUGCUGCGUGCCGGGAGGAGCGGGCUGAGGAGCACGAGCUACCAACUCCAGGAGCACCUUUCCCUGCAGUUUCCCUGUGCUUUCCCCUGCUGAUGCGCCCGCUCUGAGAGCUGCUGCAGGGCAGCACCAUGAAGAUCGUGGCUGCCAAAGUGCUGUGUCUGCUGGGCAUCUGUGUCCUCAUGCUGGCUGGGUCCCUCCUCCCCGUCAAGAUCAUCCAGGCGGAUCACGAGAAGGCUCACCGCUCCAGGAAGGUCAUCUCCCUCUGCAAUUCUUUUGGAGGAGGGGUCUUCCUGGCCACGUGCUUCAACGCCCUGCUGCCCGCCGUGAGAGGAAAGCUUGAUGAAGUCCUCAAGCAGGGCAACGUGACCACGGACUACCCGGUGGCUGAGACCAUCAUGGUGCUCGGCUUCUUCAUGACGGUGUUCGUGGAGCAGCUCGUUUUGACCUUCCAGAAGGAAAAGCCCUCCUUCAUCGACUUAGAGACCUUCAACGCCGGUUCGGACGUCGGGAGCGACUCUGAGUAUGAGAGUCCCUUCAUCGCAUCAUCGCGGGGCGGCGCUCUGUAUGCUGAGCACAGCCGUCACUCCCACGGCCAUGGUUUGAACAUCCACGAGCUGUCCCGCUCCGGCCCUCUGCGCCUGGUCAGCCUGGUGUUCGCCCUGUGCACGCACUCCAUCUUUGAGGGUCUGGCCCUGGGCUUGCAGGAGGAGGGAGGCAGAGUGCUGAGCUUGUUCCUGGGCGUUGCCAUCCACGAGACGCUGGUAGCCGUGGCGUUGGGCAUCAGCAUGGCCAAGGCGUCGCUGCCACUGAAGGAUGCUGCCAAGCUGGCGGUGACAGUGAGCCUGAUGAUCCCUUUGGGCAUCAGCAUUGGGAUGGGGAUCGAGAGCACGCAGAGCGCAGCCGGCAACAUCACUUCUCUGCUCCUUCAAGGCGUCGCGGGGGGCACUUUCUUGUUCAUCACCUUCUUCGAGAUCCUGGCGAAGGAGCUGGAGGAUAAAAGCAACCGUCUCUUGAAGGUCCUCUUCCUGGUGCUGGGUUAUGCUGCGUUGGCUGGGCUGGUUUUCCUCAAGUGGUGAGGUGGGAUGCAGAGCUCACCUCCUCCCCACGCAGCCAUCCCCGCCACCCAGGGGGAUACCGGAGCUCAGCAGCGAAGCGAAACAUCACAGCCUGCUGGUAUGGCAGGACUGACCCGAAGGAGAACGUCUGUGUGCUCAGAGGGGAUGAGGAACACGCAGUGCCCCCAUGGAGGUGCCACGAGGUCCUGUCCCUGCCCGCUGGACCUGCAGGUGCAGCAGCUUCUGCACUUACUGGACACAAACACUGCGGUUCCGAGGCUGCGUCAGCUCAGCACACAUCUCAUUCCCUGCUGCUCUGCACAGCCGCCCCCUCCUCCCCACUCCCCCCGCACAGCGUUUGGCUGCGGGGUUCCUCCGUGCUGCUCAGGCUCUGAGAAGGUGAGAAGCUGUGAUGGAAGCUGAGGCAGAGGCAGGUGGGACCGAGGACGGCACAGCUGCACUAAGCUGCUUUGGCUAGCUUAGUUUGGAGCAAAACCUGGUUGUAACAGCUGCCAAAAAUAACAUCCCUUCUGGGGCUGCUCGGUGUGACUGCUGCCACAGAGCUCCGUUUUAACCCACAAACGGAGCUCGUCUUUCUCAGUGAUUAACAAAGGAACGAGGCCAGGCCCCAUCCCCUGUGCCAUUCCCCCCACCUCACCCACGUGUUGUGCGUUCCCUAUGGAAAACCUCAGCUCUGCAUUGACACACAGCUUGAAAACCCUCACAUCCACACCUGGAAGGCCUUUGAAUGCGCUCCUGCAGCCCCGGGGUCCGUCGGUUCACGAGAGAUGGGCGGCAGCGAUGCACAGCAGGGAUGUUUUAGGUCAGAUGCCCGUGUUUGGGUCACAGCAGUGAGGCUGCGUGGGGCCAUCCCAGUGCUGUCAAAGAGAUACCUCUUCCCCAGGGGUUUGUGAGCUGUAGGGUAGAGCCAAAGCUGCGCUCUGUGCCUGAGCAGACCGUGCUGCAUCCCCGGCUCUCAGCGCAUCACAGCCCCCAACGACCCCCUGUGCUCACCCCCAUGGUGAGGGGCUCAGUGCAGCGCUCCCAUAGGGGCUGUGCUUUAAUCCUCCGUGGCCGUCAGUCGUGCAGCUGCUCCCCCAGGCAGAGCAGAGCUCCUGGAUGUGCUGAUGGAAUCCUAACGACCCGGAGGAGGCUGAGCCGUGCUGCAAUGAGCCGAGCAGCGAGAGGGAUGGGUGAGACUGUGAGGCAGCAUCUUGGAGCAGCGGUUGGCACAGCUGCAGCAUAUGGAGGCUGAUGAGGAUCAUCUGACAGGGCCUGGUGCUCGGUGCUUUAAUUGCUGCAAAGCACCGAAGUCAAUUAAUCUUGCUUUGAAAAACCUGGAGUGGCAAAAGGGGGGGAGGAGGAGGAAGGGAGUGUUAUUUUAGGCCUCAGCUGACACAGCUCGGCGGGGCCUGAUGAGAAUCUCAUUUGUCUCCA